CUCUCUUCUAUUUCUUUUUCUGGGUUUUAGUUUUUCUUUCAUGUUCUCUUCUCUCUUAAUACUCGUGUUUCCAGUUUUGGCUUAGAUGUUGUAAUGCUUCGUUUACAUCGAUAUUGGAAGAGUUACUGUCGAGCUCAUUUUCUGCUGGUGGUGUAGUCUUUGUUUCUGACUGUUCUUUUAUUUGGAUCGUUUGAUCAUGGGCUUUUUCUUUUAUCGAGGCUGAUUAUUUACCUAAAUCUAACUUAGCAUUUUGAUUUUAUUUUCAUAGAGGAACGAGAUUAUACGGUUCUGUCUUUUUUUUUUCUUUUCUUUUCUUUUCUUUUUUUCUUUUCAAACCUUUCGCACCAUUUGUAAUUUUCAAAUGAAAAGUGCUUGUGUGAUUUGUGCUUAGUAAAUAAAUUAUGAUCUUUAAUGAAGUUGCAUUAAUGAGUGUAUUUAGCCGUUAGUUUUAUUCAUUGAGGGUUUAGGGUUUCGAAAUUGAGCACUAAUUUGAUUUCUGUAAGAUUACUUUUCGUUUUGUUGGAGAAAUGAGUUUUCUUACUCUGUAACUAAAUAAUAUGUUUUUAGCAUCCUUGUAGCCAUGUAUUAUACUCUUAUGAUGGUACUAGUGUCACAUUAUUCUAAUAUGUUUGCUUAAAUGGUUACCUUGUUGAUGAUUUCAGUUAGAUUAACAAAAUGGAUGCUGGUACAUUACACAAUCAAAUUGGAGCUGUUCAGCUUCAUAUUUGUAGCAAUGAUUCUGGCUUUCUUAGGAAAUUCAGGAAUUCCUCAUUGCAAUGCAUCUCAAAGGGUUUUGCUUUAGAUGUUAAAUUGCUCAGUAAAGGAAUCUGUAAUUCUAAACAUGGCAAAGUGCGUGUGACUUAUACAUCCUUAUGUCAUGCUUCAGUGGUGGACCCUGCUUUGCGUACCUCACUAUCUGCCAAUGAUUAUAAUCAGAAGCCAUCAAUUGAAUCUUCUUUGAUAUUAAUUCGACAUGGUGAAUCAUUGUGGAAUGAGAAGAAUUUGUUCACCGGUUGUGUUGAUGUGCCUUUAACUAAGAGAGGCAUUGAGGAAGCCAUUGAAGCUGGUAAACGUAUAAGCAACAUACCGGUGGACAUCAUUUACACAUCUGCACUGAUUCGUGCACAGAUGACAGCUAUGCUUGCCAUGACACAACACCGCCGCAAGAAGGUCCCUAUCAUUACGCAUGAUGAGAGUGAACAAGCAAAAGCAUGGAGUCAAAUUUUCAGCGAUGAAACCAAUAAGCAAUCUAUUCCAGUUAUAACUGCUUGGCAAUUGAAUGAAAGAAUGUACGGUGAAUUACAAGGUCUUAAUAAAAAGGAGACAGCUGAAAGAUAUGGCAAGGAGAAAGUACAUGACUGGCGCCGGAGUUAUGAUAUUCCUCCCCCAAAUGGAGAGAGCUUGGAAAUGUGUUCUCAAAGGGCUGUUGCCUAUUUUAGAGAAAAGAUUGAACCCCAGCUUCAAUCUGGAAAGAAUGUAAUGGUUGCUGCCCAUGGGAAUUCACUAAGGUCUAUCAUUAUGUAUCUUGACAAAUUAACUUCUCAGGAGGUUAUUAAUUUAGAAUUAUCUACUGGGGUUCCAUUACUUUACAUAUAUAAAGAUACGAAAUUUAUUAAGAGGGGCAGUCCUGUUGGACCUACAGAAGCUGGUGUUUAUGCUUAUACUAAGGGGUAGGUUUCUUGGUGGACAAGGUGAUGUCAGCAUUGGUUCAAGGCUCACUACUAUUAUGGUUUUAUUAUGAUUCUUGAAUUUUGUUUAAAUUUUACACCAUAAGUACAUGGAAAAAUCCUGUAAUGAUGACAAAUCUCAAUGCUUUUAUUUGUUUGUAGUUGAAUAUUUCCUCCUGAUAAGUACGAAAGUUCAAUGUUAAAUUAGAAAGUGAAAUAGGCAUACCAGAUAAAGGAUGUUGAAAUGAUGUCCAUAAUAGGGUGGGAGGAGCAAAAAAAGGCUGAAAUACUGUUUCAGAGACUCUUGUUUUGGCUGAGAACAUUAUAUGUCAAACAAAGUAGCGUUAAUUCAAGGCAAUUUGGUGCAAAGCUUUAAAUGAUAUUGCACAGUUUUAUUAUUUUGGUCAGUGUUGUCUUUUUGUUUAUUUUGAAUUUUGCAUUUUCUUUCAAACCUUUGUGCCUGCUCCAUUGCUUGGAGUACAUGUGUAUAAGCUUAUUGAUUGAUUUAUUCUUUAUAUUUGUUUUUACAGAGAGAGUAUUUUUAGCAUCUUUUUGGGUAGAUUCAAUUAAAUGGUUUUAUGCAUGUAUCCUUUUCAAACAUUACUCUUCUCAGGAGUUCUUGGUAAAAAUAUAAUGCCUGCCAUAUUUUUUAUUUGCCAAUAAAAAAGUUGAUGAUACUUCACCAGUUGUUUUCAUUUCUAUUAUGACCAGUGCUAUCCAUCCCACCAUUUUUCAUAACAUCUCUUUUGACUGCCUGAUGUGUCCAAAAAUAUUGGUGUAUGAUGCACUCUGUGCUGAAGUUUAAAAAUAUAGGGAAUAAUAGCAAAUAAAAUAGUGUGCCAUGCUAGAUAGGAUAGUUUGAGUUGGUUAACAAAGUUGAUACAAAUAGUAUUUUCUGCCAUUUUUUAAAUAUCAUGAAUUUCUUCUUUAUCUUGUGUACUUUGUUGUUUCAUGUGAUGUAACUUGCAAGUUGUAAUACUGGUUUCAAGCUUCCUCCUUUAUUGAUACACACAAGAUGCUUGCACUCCAGUACGUGCUGAAUAUUGUUUGAUAGUAGUUCAAUUUUCACUUCUUUGGCCAUCUAUCAUUUCUCCUGUUCAUUGUUCAUAAAUCAAAGAUAUAUAGCAAUAUCUCAUCUGCUUACAUUUUUUUCAAUGCAGAGUCUAGCUCUUUAUAGGCAAAAAUUGGAUGAGAUGUUCCAGUGAACCUUUAAAAAACAGG